UGUAUUGUUUAUUGGCUUUAAGCCUUACGGCUCAUCAGCAUAAUACAUAUUCAAUUACAAAGUAUAAACAAAAAAGAUGUAUACAGUAUGAAAAGUGGAGUGAAUAUUAGAGGAUGGACAUACAUGAAGAGAGUUAUAAGACAAGUUUACAUAAAAAAGAAACCAACAAAAACCAGCAUAUACAUUAGACGAUAGUUUGGCUAGAUCGUAAGAGUAAAGCACCUUUUAAAAAUUUACCCAGAUUACAGAUUUGUUUUCUAUUAUGAAUUGACAUCAAUUGUACCAGUUUAAACAUAGAAGCAUGCGACCAAUAAUUUUUUUUAUAUAUGCAGAUCUGAGGUUUUUGUACAAAGGACAUAUUAAAAUAAAAUGAUAUUCGUCCUCAACUUCGUUCAAAUUACAAAAUUCACACAAUCGAUCUUGUCUUGCUGUGCCAUUAUAUCUACCUUGUUGUCUUAUUCAGACAGAGUAAACAAGUAUUUAUACUAAAUAUUGAUUAGAAACAUUGAGUAAACAUCUUGUCAUGAAAGGUCCCUUCCACCGGCCGUAGAAAUGCAAAGUGUGUAAUUAUGCUUGCCAUAAAUAAGCAUGGCGUGACCGCAAGGCCCAGAUAGAUUAGAGAUCACAAUCGGUUUAAUCUUAAUACCUACAUCAUUGUGGGGGUAUUUAAAUUAUGUAGUCACUACAUCGGCGAUUCAACAGUAUUCCUUAUAAGGUAAUGGGGGAUUUCCUUAUAUGGCAAAGGACCGAGGACGUAGAGCAUGAUUUCGUGGAAUAGGGCGUUACAGUUCGAAUAUAAGGUCAGUUUUACUACGAGAUCGCUCACUUAGAUCCGAGAAACGGAACAGUGACGAUUGCUUGUCUAACCUUUCUACAAUCAAAUACAACAAUUCAUAAUGGGUGACGAAGACGUUGCAGCUUUAGUUAUUGACAAUGGAUCCGGAAUGUGUAAGGCCGGAUUCGCCGGAGACGAUGCCCCCAGGGCCGUGUUCCCCUCCAUUGUUGGACGACCCAGACAUCAGGGUGUAAUGGUUGGUAUGGGUCAGAAAGACAGUUAUGUAGGAGACGAGGCCCAGAGCAAGAGAGGAAUCCUCACUCUCAAGUACCCCAUUGAACACGGUAUCGUCACCAACUGGGACGACAUGGAGAAGAUCUGGCAUCACACCUUCUACAAUGAACUCCGUGUGGCCCCAGAGGAACACCCCGUCCUCCUGACCGAGGCCCCACUUAACCCUAAAGCCAACAGAGAAAAGAUGACACAGAUCAUGUUUGAAACCUUCAACUCCCCCGCCAUGUACGUCGCUAUCCAGGCCGUACUUUCCCUGUACGCUUCCGGUCGUACAACUGGAAUUGUACUGGAUUCCGGAGACGGAGUAUCUCACACAGUACCCAUCUACGAAGGUUAUGCCCUUCCCCACGCCAUCAUGCGAUUGGAUCUCGCUGGACGUGAUCUGACCGAUUACCUCAUGAAAAUCCUAACAGAACGUGGUUACUCCUUCACAACCACAGCUGAAAGAGAAAUCGUCAGAGACAUUAAAGAGAAAUUGUGCUAUGUUGCUCUGGACUUCGAACAGGAGAUGGGCACUGCUGCAUCCUCAUCGUCCCUGGAGAAGAGUUACGAACUUCCUGACGGUCAGGUUAUCACCAUUGGAAACGAGCGAUUCAGGUGUCCAGAGGCUCUGUUUCAACCAUCGUUCCUUGGAAUGGAAUCUUCCGGUAUCCAUGAAACCACAUACAACAGUAUCAUGAAGUGUGAUGUCGAUAUCCGUAAAGACUUGUACGCAAACACAGUAUUAUCUGGUGGUACUACAAUGUACCCUGGUAUUGCUGACCGUAUGCAGAAAGAAAUCACAGCUUUAGCUCCUAGCACAAUGAAGAUCAAGGUUAUCGCCCCACCAGAGAGGAAAUACUCCGUCUGGAUCGGUGGUUCCAUCCUUGCUUCUCUCUCCACCUUCCAACAGAUGUGGAUCAGCAAACAGGAAUACGAUGAAUCGGGUCCAUCCAUUGUCCACAGAAAGUGCUUCUAAAUUUACUAUUAGAAUCUGAACAAAUCUUCAAAGUGCAAUAAAUAAAACUGUGUGCAGGUUAUGUGUGAAAUAUUGAAUGUUAAAGGUUGUGUAUAAGUAAUUUUCUACGUAAUAAAUAAAUGUUGACCAAUUGA